AUGCCUUGCUAUAAUUUGAUAUUUAUUUUUCUCCUUCCACAAUUAUUUAUUUCGAUUACUGAAGUCAUAUCUACUGAAACUAGUGAAAAUAUUGAUAGCAACAAUGAUUGUUCCUGUCCUACAGAAGAAAUUUUUGAUAGUAAUUGGAGGGAGGGAGUAUUCAAAAGCCCUGGAUUCCCCGUCGAGUACUGUGAUAAUCUGGACUGUGGAUGGAAUAUUUUACCCGAAGAAAAUACCUUUAUCUAUGCUGAAACAGAGGCAAAAUAUGACAUUUUGGAUGUUUAUCAAACAAUAUGGAAUGGUUCAGAGUUGUUGAAAUUUAAACGAGUAAGGUCUGAAAAUUAUUUUUGUUUUAGUCCAAAAAUUAUUUACUAG